AUGUUCCUCCACAUCGCUGCACAACUGGUCGGCAGUCGGCCUGCUGGGAGUCCGGCUACGGCUGGGAUGAGUCGUGGAGACAGCCCUGGUAAGCUUGCAAAUUCUGGAGAAGACGAUCCACUGGCGCCACGAUCUGCAAGGAUGCAUUACAGCCUUUUGGGAGAAGCGCUAGCACUAACACCACUGCUAGUACUACGACGCUCCGUACGCGGCGCACCUUUUGGCCUUUGGGGUAUCCGGACGUUGGAGACGGUUGGCCUUGGUUGCGGUUGCAGAGCCCUUGGCAGCUCCGUCGAUGGUUCAGCUGCUGCUGCUACUGGAAAGGCCCUGGUGGCCCCCAUCGCUCGCUUGUCCGGCGACGCCAAUGGCUGCCUCCAUUACCCACCCGCUGACACCUAG